AUGAGCUCAACUACGUUUACAGGAGCUCUUGUUCAGAUGCUUGCUUCUGACUUUCCUAUGAUUUUAUCACUUAUUUUCGGUGGUUGUUGUAGCCAACUUAUUACAUUUGGUCAGUUUGCCUUUGUUGCUUUAGAAGGCAUUCGAAACCAUAUCACUUGGGGUACAUAUGGACCCAAGUUGAAACCAACUGUAGUACCACUAUCAAACUGGUUAUUUCUUGUCACAAUGUUCUUUAUUGUAUCUGUCUUGAACAAUUUAGCAUUGGGAUACAACAUCUCUGUGCCAUUGCAUAUCAUCUUUAGAAGUGGUGGAUUGAUUGUCAAUAUGAUUUUAGGUGCAUUGAUAUUAAAAAAAAGAUAUUCUUUGGAUCAAAUUGUGGGCGUCUUGUUUGUCACUGCUGGUGUGAUAUGGGCCACGAUUGAUAAUGCAUCCACACACAAUGAGAGCAAUCCCGGUAGUACAGCUGAAUUUAUUACUGGUAUUCUACUCUUGAUGAUUGCCAUGCUUUUAUCUGCUGGUAUGGGCUUGUUCCAAGAAGUCACUUACAAAAAAUACGGAAAACAAUGGAGAGAAGGCUUGUUUUAUACUCACUUUCUUGCUUUGCCCUUCUUUUUGUUCUUUUAUAAAGACUUGGUCAACCAAGUUGCUGCUUACAACAAAUCUCCGUUGAUGUCUAUCUCUGAUGUUUUUGAGCAAGUGCCCCUUAUGGACUAUGUAAACCGUACAAUGCCUCAAGUUGUUCUAUCUAUCCUUCAAACGAUCUAUGUACCCAAGCUAUGGGCUUUCUUGUUUAUGAACAUGAUAACACAAUAUGCAUGUAUUGCAGGUGUGAAUCGUAUGACAUCUGUGGCCACUUCAUUGACCUUGAACCUUGUACUCAACUUGCGUAAAUUCUCAUCCCUUUUGUUCUCUAUUGUUUAUUUUGAAAAUGAUUUUGGAUUUGGUGCUAAAAUGGGUACUGCCCUUGUAUUCUUGGGUACCUUGAUUUACACCCGUGCAGGUCUUAAAGCCAACCAUAAGCAACAACAACAAGUUGCUAGUAAAAAGGCAAAUUAA